CGGAGGCGGGCGGUCUUUCACAAUGGGGAACACAAGCAGUGAGCGAGCUGGACUGGAGCGACAUGGGCAUAAGGCAUCCCGAGGGGACAGCUCAGGAGGAGCCAUCAGUACAAAAGAGGGUGAUAGACCCAAAAUCUUAAUGGAUAGUCCUGAAGAUGCAGACUUGUUCCAUUCAGAGGAAAUGAAGGCUCCAUUGGAGAAAGAAGAAUUCUUAGCUUGGCAACAGGAUCUGGAAAUGAAUGAUAAAACGCCCACACAAGCUCGACCGACAGUCUUUCGUUGGACUGGAGGAGGGAAAGAAGUCUAUUUAUCUGGGUCCUUCAACAACUGGAGUAAAAUCCCUCUGACAAGGAGUCACAACAACUUUGUGGCAAUCCUGGAUCUGCCAGAAGGAGAGCACCAAUACAAGUUCUUUGUGGAUGGGCAGUGGACGCAUGAUCCUUCGGAGCCAGUAGUAACCAGCCAGCUGGGUACCAUCAACAACGUCAUACAGGUGAAGAAAACUGACUUUGAAGUAUUCGACGCUUUGAUGGUGGACUCCCAGAAAUGUUCAGACAUGUCUGAGUUGUCAAGUUCACCCCCAGGACCAUACCACCAGGAGCCCUAUGUUUGUAAGGCAGAGGAGCGCUUUAAAUCACCACCUAUUCUUCCCCCCCACCUGCUGCAGGUCAUCCUGAAUAAGGACACAGGCAUUUCUUGUGACCCUGCUCUGCUCCCUGAACCCAACCACGUCAUGUUGAACCACCUCUACGCACUUUCUAUCAAGGAUGGAGUGAUGGUGCUUAGUGCUACGCAUCGUUACAAGAAGAAAUAUGUCACCACUUUGCUGUACAAGCCAAUAUGAGCAUCGCUGUAGCUUGUGACCAAUUGCUCUGGGCCAGUGCAGUCUCAGAAAAACAAUUCCUCUCUUAACCAAAUGUACUCCUGCUCUGUGCUGUAGCAAAUGAACUCUGAUUUCAUCUGGU